CCUGCUUGGCCGGACGAGGCUGCUCGGGCUGCCGCCGCUUCCCCGUCGCGGUGCGCGCUGGACGGGCCAGGAGGCGCCGAGGCGCCCCGGAGAGGUGCGGAGACGUUUUUGUAAAUGAGAAUUAAUUUCGGGGCUCGUCAAGGUCGUAGCAGCAAGGAUGACCACCUUAACCCGACAGGAUCUCAACUUUGGACAAGUUGUUGCCGACGUACUUUCUGAAUUUUUGGAAGUGGCUGUUCACCUCAUCCUGUACGUCCGAGAAGUUUACCCCACCGGGAUCUUUCAAAAGAGGAAGAAAUACAACGUACCUGUCCAGAUGUCUUGCCAUCCGGAGUUGAACCAAUACAUCCAGGACACCCUGCAUUGCAUCAAACCCCUGCUAGAGAAGAAUGACGUGGAAAAGGUCGUGGUAGUCAUCCUGGACAAAGACCACCAUCCGGUGGAGAGGUUUGUCUUUGAAAUCACGCAGCCGCCUUUGCUGUCAAUUAGCUCAGAUUCCCUUCUCAACCACGUGGAACAGCUCCUGCGGGCCUUUAUUUUGAAGAUCAGCGUGUGUGACGCCGUUUUGGACAACAACCCUCCAGGCUGUACUUUUACCGUGCUGGUCCACACCCGAGAAGCCGCCACCCGCAACAUGGAAAAGAUCCAGGUGAUCAAGGAUUUCCCCUGGAUCCUUGCUGAUGAACAGGACGUCCACAUGCACGACCCGCGGCUUAUCCCGCUAAAGACCAUGACAUCGGAUCUUUUAAAGAUGCAGCUGUACGUCGAAGAGCGCGCUCAGAAAGGCACCUGAUUCCGACCUUCUCCUGCUGUGUCUUGAAACCUUGAACGCUCUCUAAGGGCGAGGUGUUGCCAAGCUGUACUCUCUCUGCUGCGGAGAAUAUUGGCGCUAAAAAAACUGCCAUUCUGGGCGACUUGACACCCUCUGCCAAUCCGUUUCCUGGCUAGGGUGUCCACUUUGUGUUUUUAAAAGUGCUCUUACCCCACUGUAUAUAGGAGAGAAAGAGAAUCCUGUAGCAGCAAACUCCACUUCCUUCAGCGAGUCUGUUUCUUGAGCACUUUGCAAGCUUCUAGACCCGAGUGAGGAUCGAUUUUAAAUUUGUGCGUCGAAAGAGGUGCUGCUGUUCUUUAGUGGGCCUCGAGCCUUCAGAAGACUUUUAUGUGUCACUUUUUUUUUUAGUUCUGGAGCUCAUCUGUACGAUUUAAGGCAGCCUUCCUCAACCUGGGGC